AUGAAUAACGGAAGAAGAAAUUCAACAAUUGUUAUUUGUGACCAAAACCAAGUGAAUGAAACGGACGUAUCUCGGUGGAGACACGGAGACUCCGUGUCUGCUAUCUCUAUGCAGCACGGAGAUAGCUUUCCCUCCGCGUGCUAUCUCCGUGUUGUACGGAGGUUUUGUCACUCUUCAGAAAAGGGCACCUCGCCUUCUCUUCAAAUGCAUGUUUUCUACCAUAAUUGGAGAAAUCAUGGCAAGAACCAGUUGAAGCUCUCAGAUAAUGAGGAACUUCAUGUUGGCUAUUAUUUGAAGAAUCCAGGUUUUCAGUAG